AGACUUUACACAGAUGUGUUUCAGGCGUGAUCGGUUCAGUUGAGGCUGCUGGGACCCCGUUCGCGCAGUGGGAUCAACUUCUUUCAGAGGAUCUACCGCGUCCUAUUCGGACACCUUGACUUCAAUGUAACAGGUACCCAAACGCGGCGCAGCGCAAGGUGAUCGGGGAGUUACUUUGUUGCCAAAUCCGACACGUUUAGACGGGCUUUUAAACGCAGAAGAAAAUGCCUGUAGCUUCUCUUCUGCCUUUCACGGCCACUCCGAAUAGGAAGUCCGCCAGCCCGACCUCCUUCAGGCUCACGGAGAAAUUCAUCUUGCUUUUAGUGUUCAGCGCCUUCAUCACGUUGUGUUUUGGAGCUAUCUUCUUCUUACCGGAUUCCUCUAAGCUGCUCAGCGGAGUUUUCUUCCGCUCGUCCUCGGUGGAGGCAGAGACGCGCGCAGGUACGGUCAGUGACACGAGCACCGGGACGGGCAAGGAUGAGAAGAUCUUGGCCAAGAUCCGAAAAGACCAUGAAAAAGCGCUGCUCGAAGCCAAGGACACCUUACAGAAGCGGCCGGACGAGAUCAAGGAGGACAUCAACAGCGACAAGAGGAAAUUUGAGCAAAACCGACAGGUGAAAGGUGACAGUUUGCCGUUCGUACCGUACGUGCGACCGCCCGGAGCAACAGGGCACGAGCCCGCAGAUCCUGAUAUUAAAGAAAAAAGAGCCAAGAUUAAAGAGAUGAUGCAGUUUGCUUGGGACAAUUACAAGCACUACGCCUGGGGAUCCAACGAGCUGCGGCCCGUCUCCAAGCAAGGCCACUCCAGCAAUUUGUUUGGUAGUCUCAAAGGAGCCACCAUUGUGGAUGCACUGGACACGCUGUACAUUAUGGAGAUGUAUGACGAAUUUGAAGCCGCUACCGAAUGGGUGGAAAAGAACCUCGACUUUAACAUGAUUCAACAGCAUCUGUGCUCUGUGUCUCAUGCCUUCAAACCCACCACUCGUUCAUACCGUGUCGGGAUCGCCUUCUGA